AUUUCGAUACACGUGUAUAAAUAUAGAUUCAAUUGAAUCAUCAAAGUGGAUUCAGGCAAUUUGUAUCAUUUGUAACAAAUCAAAAUUUUUUCUCGAUUUUUACAAUUUAGUCAACUUAUAAUGUUUAAUCUUAUUUCUAAUAGUCCUUUAUCGGAUGUUCUUGCCCCACCAGUUACUUCUUUUGAAGAAUUCCUUUAUCAUUGGAAUUCAUUCACUGCAUUUUAUCGUCAAAAUGAUCAUAACACUCAAACAGAAAAGUUGCAUAUUGAAUCAACUAAUCUUGCCAACAAAUUAAUCAAAAUGACCGAAAUUAUCAUAACGGAACAAUUAGAUUGGAUGAAAAGAAAAAAAGAUUCAUCUGCUUUAUGUCCAACGAUUGAAUAUAUUUUACAAAACAAUAUUCUGGAAACUUUGAGCAUUGUGGCUCAAACCGAUACACCGAUUGGAAUAUGUCCACAUAUUCUCUUAUUUUUUACACGUUUUUUACAUGAUUCAAAAAUUACUUUGAUUCCACACAAAUCUGUACAUUCCUCGUUGAAUAAGCUAAUCAUUAUUUGUGGCAAAAUACCGGCAAGUCCAUAUGAAUCGACCGAAAUGUAUUUUUUGACAUCGCUCAUCAAAUUGAUCAAAAAUCCCGAUUUUUUACAUUUCUUUUCAAUAAAUUCUUUUCCGUUAAUAAAUUCCUUAUUAUCUCUGUUAUAUAGUGAAGAUGCUGAAAUAUCAAAAUAUGCUGGUGAUUCCAUCAUACGAUUGAUUCAGAUAUUGGAUGAAAAUGCAGCCAAAGUUAUUGCAGAAGAUACUCCAUUUUCUUGCAAGAUUGUCGAUCAGAUUAUCAUUCAUUAUAAUGCAAUACCACAUUCACUUAAACCUGAAGAAAUUGAGACUGUUAAUUCUUUGUUGCUUCAAGAACAUGAUUCUCCAUUGUUUUCGACAUCUAUACGAAAAUUUUUAUCAUUUCUCAAAUGGUUCAUUUUCUUUGAUCUGGUGAUUCAAAAUUUGAUUGACAAUUCAAUAUUAAAAUGUAAUCUUUUAAAUGAAUUUAAGAAAAACUUUUUAUGGGCUUGUUUUCUUCCUGAUUUGCUUGGCGAUGGUUUUGCCAAUGAAUUAGAUGCUCUUGACAAUGUCUUACGUGCAACAGUAUUGAUGUCCAAUUGCCUACGAAAUAUUGAAAAUUCUUCACUGUUUGAUUUGAUAUGCCAUUUUCUAAUUUUAUCUGAUCAUAACAAUGAUAAAAAUCAUUCUGUGAUUAUUAUGCCAGAAAAAGCGAACAAAAAACAUUUACGAACAAUAUUGCUAGAACGAUGUCAUAUUUCCGACAUUAUUCAACGUGAUUUUGAACAAGAAGGCGAUAGAAUCAAAUUCAUUAAACUAAGUUCAGCAACAUUACAAUUAUUUGAAGAUAUUCUUUCGAGACCUUCUUUUGAAAUCAUCAACGAUCUUGUCAUCAAACAACUUUCAGCUGAAAAUUGCCAAAAUAAUGUUGAAAUAAUCGAUAUUGAUUGGUCGAUGCUAGAAAAACCAAACAUCUGGACAAAAAUAUCAUCCAAAUUUAAUUCAAUCAAUGUGCUCGAUCAGAUGAAUACGGUUGCAGAUGAAAUACAUCAUCUGUCGAAUAUCCAAAACCAAACCUCUUAUAUUGAUUUGGAUCAUAUGAUUAAGAUCUUAUAUUUGUUUAUAUCAUUGAUGCCUGAUGAGCUUAAAUUCGAUAUUCAACAAGAAAAAUCUGAAUUUGAAGCUUAUCUAAAAGAAGCUGUAAAGGGAUUUCAUAUGUUUAUAAUCACCAGUUUUAUCAAAUGGAAUACAGAUCAAAAACAGCAAACUUUCAAUGAUGACGCAUGCAAUAAUGACCGUUGUAAUUUUGUUAAAAUUCUUUUUAAUAAUUUGAAUUCAUUGCUCGAACUUCCAUAUGAAAUCAAGAUACAAUUAUUCUCAAUUUUGGCUAAAAUUUCUCUUGUACCAAAUGAAUAUAUUAAUAAUUGUUUUCUAAAUCCUACUAUUCUUAUAAAAAAUAGUGAUGAAAGUUUAUUUAACAUUUUACAUAAAUUGAUUGAAAAUUUACAGAUAUCAGUCAAAGGUAUUGAUAAUCUUCAUGAUAAAUUAUAUGAAACUAAAAUGAAACUUCUUUCGGGAAAAAUUCCGGAUCAUUUUUAUGAUAAUAAUGAACAGGAAACAAAAAUUUUACAAAGUUUAAUUGUAUUGAAUGAAUUUUGUAAAGAAUUAUCUUCCAUUAUUUAUGUUAAAAAUUAUACACUCAAAUUGUGCAAUGAAAAAAAAUAA